AUGGCGGCAGGCGUGGCCACGUGGCUACCUUUUGCCCGCGCUGCGGCGGUGGGCUGGCUUCCCCUGGCCCAGCAGCCCCUGCCCCCAGCGCCAGGGGUGAAGGCCUCCCGAGGGGAUGAGGUUCUGGUGGUGAAUGUGAGCGGGCGACGCUUUGAGACCUGGAAGAACACGCUGGACCGCUACCCAGACACUUUGCUGGGCAGUUCGGAGAAGGAGUUCUUCUACGAUGCUGACUCAGGCGAGUACUUCUUUGAUCGAGACCCGGACAUGUUCCGGCACGUGCUGAACUUCUAUCGCACUGGGCGACUGCACUGUCCGCGGCAGGAGUGCAUCCAGGCCUUUGAUGAAGAGCUGGCUUUCUAUGGCCUGGUACCUGAGCUGGUUGGCGACUGCUGCCUUGAAGAGUACCGGGACCGGAAGAAGGAGAACGCUGAGCGCCUGGCGGAGGACGAGGAGGCCGAGCAGGCUGGGGAUGGCCCGGCCCUGCUGGCGGGCAGCUCCCUGCGGCAGCAGCUCUGGCGGGCCUUCGAGAACCCUCACACAAGCACUGCGGCCCUGGUGUUCUACUACGUGACCGGCUUUUUCAUCGCUGUGUCGGUCAUUGCCAACGUGGUGGAGACCAUCCCAUGCCGGGGCCCUGCACGGCGGCCCCCGAGGGAGCAGCCAUGUGGCGACCGCUUCCCACUGGCCUUUUUCUGCAUGGACACGGCUUGUGUGCUCAUAUUCACGGGCGAAUACCUCCUGCGCCUCUUUGCAGCCCCCAGCCGUUGUCGCUUCCUACGUAGUGUCAUGAGCCUCAUCGACGUGGUGGCUAUUCUACCCUACUACAUCGGGCUUUUCGUGCCCAAGAACGAGGACGUCUCUGGCGCCUUCGUCACCCUGCGUGUGUUCCGGGUGUUCCGCAUCUUCAAGUUCUCCCGGCACUCACAGGGCCUUCGGAUUCUGGGUUACACACUCAAGAGCUGUGCCUCUGAGCUGGGCUUUCUCCUCUUUUCCCUCACCAUGGCCAUCAUCAUCUUCGCCACUGUCAUGUUCUAUGCUGAGAAAGGCACAAACAAGACCAACUUUACGAGCAUCCCUGCAGCCUUCUGGUAUACCAUUGUCACCAUGACCACACUUGGUUAUGGAGACAUGGUGCCCAGUACCAUUGCUGGUAAAAUUUUUGGAUCCAUCUGCUCACUCAGUGGCGUCUUGGUUAUUGCCCUGCCUGUGCCAGUUAUUGUGUCCAACUUUAGCCGCAUCUACCACCAGAACCAACGUGCUGACAAACGCAGAGCACAGCAGAAGGUGCGCUUGGCAAGGAUCCGGUUGGCAAAGAGUGGCACUACCAACGCCUUCCUGCAGUACAAGCAAAAUGGGGGCCUUGAGGACAGCUGCAGUGGGGAGGAACAGAUGCUGUGUGUCAGGAACCGUUCAGCUUUCCAGCAGCAACAUCACCACUUGCUGCAUUGUCUAGAGAAGACGACGUGCCAUGAGUUCACAGAUGAGCUGACCUUCAGCGAGGCCCUGGGAGCUGUCUCACUGGGUGUCUGCACAAGCCGCAGCACCUCCAUGUCCUCCCAGCCUGUGGGAACCAGCAGUCUACUAUCUUCUUGCUGCCCCCGCAGGGCCAAGCGCCGUGCCAUCCGCCUUGCCAAUUCCACUGCCUCAGUCAGCCGUGGCAGCAUGCAGGAGCUGGACACGCUGGCUGGGCUGCAGAGGAGCCCUGCGCCUCAGAGCCGCUCGAGCCUCAAUGCCAAGCCUUAUGACGGCCUUGAUCUGAACUGCGACAGCCAGGACUUCGUGGCCGCCAUUAUUAGUAUCCCUACCCCUCCUGCCAACACCCCAGAUGAGAGUCAACCUUCCUCCCCUGAUGGCAGCAGCAGCAGGGCCAGCAACACCCUCAGGAACUCCAACAUGGGUACCCCUUGCCUCCUCCCUGAGACUGUCAGGAUCUCUUCCCUGUGAGGGGUGGGUCUACCCUUCCAGAGGGCCCUCUUAAUUCUUGGGGACUCCUUUCCAAAGCCAUAUCUUAGGGAAGCAGAGAGGGGAAGGCCUGGGGACCCCUUCUGCCCCCUACCAAGAACUAUGCAAUGGAGUUUCAGGGAAUAGCCCACUUGGUGGGGAAGUAGCCAGAGAGUGGGAAACUUCUCCCACCCCACAUGAUUUUCCUGGUGAGAGCUGAAGUGCUGGGCUUCCACAGACCCCCGACCUCAUUGGCCCCUCUCCCCUAGCUGGCCUCUUGCAUGUUCCUUCUCUUGAGGCCUCAGAGGUAGGUAAAGCUCCCAUCUGAUUCUUGGGCUCUGGCCUGAGAAGUAAAGCUAAGAUUUCUUCUCUCUGGCCGGGCUGUGGAGGUUUGGGACUUCAGAGAAAAGAACCCUCACCUCUGAUCUCAGGUCCAACAACUCCAAGACUCCAAAGCUUAGAAUGCAACAACCACAGGCUUCCAUGGGCUGUGGCCUCAGCAGUGAUCUGCCACUCCCAGGCCUUGGCUGAGGGGUCAAGCUGCCCCUCCCAACAUAGACAAAUAGCACAAACACACCAGCCCCUUCCCUAGCUGCUGAAAAUGGGUCCCCGCAACCCCAUCCUCUGCCAGGCCUCCAGCAAAUUCUAGCAAUAGCAACUGCCGCCAUGACAUUAUGCAAAGCCUGUGCUCAGUCUGCUGCAGUAUCUACAUCUACCCUAAUCAGAGGGACCACCUCUAACCAAUCAUCCUUCACUCCUCUCCUCUGGUUUGCUUCCUUCCUGGGUUGGGCUGGAGUCUGGACUGGCUGAGAUAAGAGCCUGGCAGCCAGCAAGAGCUGGGCUGUGCUUGGAAAUCAUGGGCUGAUUCCAUAUUUUUGGGCAGGAGUCCAGAACCGUCAGGGGCUGAGGCCUGGGUUUUUCCUGAACUCUGGGAGUUGUAGGAGGCAGGAGGAACUUCUUGAUCUCCUCUUCCUUCCCCACAACUCCUUUUUACAUGUUCCUUUCUCUUGGGUCACCUUCUGGAACUGUGCCUGCUGUCAGGCUGAAAUCUGGCAUCAUCUCAGGUUCCCUGUCCCCAGCACUGACGUCAUGGAGCUGGUGGCUGACAAAGAUGUAGUUUCCAUCAGUCAAUAAAACCUAAGAGGAGA